AUGAGCCCACCAAAAGGCGAAGAUGAAACCGUGACGCGGACGCUGCUUGCUCCGCCUAAACCCGCAAGCAGCUCACAUUCUGCGGCUAUCCCCAAAUCGAAGCGCCGACCAGGUCGCACCUUCAAGAAACCGAUUCGGAGCAGCUCAUCUCAGUCCUCUCGGUCCUCUCGGUCAAGGUCUGGUCCCUACGAUCGUCCCUCUAAUUCGCCCAGACCCAGAAUCUCGCGUCCGCAUACUCCCCGCAGGAUAUCCCUCCUCGAGGCCCUCCCCGUCGAGAUCAUCGAGCAGAUCUUCCUGCACUCUCUCAAUCUAAACUUCCCCCGAGCCUCGCCGUUCCUAUCCCGCGCCCUCUCCGGUGAACACAUCUACCGCGCUCUCAUCCUCCUUGCGUUCUGGAAUGAUGCGCUCGCCAACCCCCCGUAG